CCCACCACCACCAGUCUUUUACAUUUGCAAAUUCCCAUCUCAUCACAUCAAAGCAUCUUACUCCUACUCCAGCCGGACCUAACUCACUCAGGCCCCUUCUCUUACACCACCAGACAUCAUCAACUGUCUUACACCUAAUACAGACCACUCAACUGUCAUAAGCUCGAUCUUCAUCCACCACCCUAAAGACCUAGAACAAUAUCAGUCUUUGACUACACACAAGACAUUGGCACAUUACCCAAUCACAACCGCAAACAUGAGCUACCAUAGCAGCAACUAUAGUUCCGCGGGUGCAUCGUCACGAACCUCGUACAGCGACAGCAGCUACCGUGACGCUACCUCCAAGCAGCGAAGUGGUAGGAGCGAGGUUGUCGUUGUCAACACUUCCCGACGAUCGAACCCAUCGAGGUCCUCUCCCACGCCCGACUACGGCCACGUCUCGGAGAGGUACACGUACCCGGCGCACUCCUCCAGCUCAUCUCGGGGCUCUUCGGGUGGCUCAUCGUCUUCCAGGAGCUCACACACGUACUACGAGCCGAGGCGAUAAUAGACGCAUCUCGUGUGACUCUCUUUUUACUCGAGCCGACUUGAAAUAACGAAAAAAAGCAAUGCUUUUUGCGCGGUCGAACCCACGAAUCGGCCGAGAAUUUUAUCAUCAGAUGCAACCAGUCUGACAUACAUACGCCCCUACUUGCACUUUUCUCUUGUAGUGCCACAAACCCUUGGUCAAAGCGCGUUUUUUUUCUUUUUUUUUGGGUGUCUUAUUCUAGUGUAUAACGAUCAUCGGAUAUUUUAUGUUGGACAAAUGUCAUGGCUUUGAGAGUCAUCAACCGCAUGUAUUUCUCUUUAUUCUUGUUUGCAUUUACUGUUGCGCAGGUGUUGGGAGGCUAGACAUUGGGAACGGCGUUUAUAAACUAGAAAGACUGGGACAGACGACUAAACGUUUUCUAGAUGGCAUGGAAUAUAGGAUGCAUUUACGGGAUUCGUUUCCCAAUGUUUCAGACUAGAUAGAUAUGGUUGGAAAACAUAUAUUCAUUCUUCUUUUGCUUUGCUAUUGCUUAUUGUUUUCUUCUUGACUUUGUCUUUGCAGAUCGCCCGAGAAUCCCACGUGAAAAGCAGAAC